AUGAAUCCACCCAAAAGAGACCAGUACCAGCCAGCUCCAAACAACGACAAUUUGCCACCGCCCAGAGGCACUUCCGCAACUACUCCUAUUACCUCACCUACUGCUGCAAGAGGCAUCGCUUUGCCUGCAUCAGGUCAACCAGCUGCAGCACCACGCAGUCCAGCUUCUGCAAAUCAAUUCAUAAACGUACAGACUCCGGCUUACAGAGGUGGCAAUUAUCCAUCACCAGCUCCACUAGGUAGUACUGGUAAUAUCGCAAGACCACCACCACCUACAAACGUAGCAGGCUCUGGCCCUCGCUCCCCACCACCUGCCAAUAAUAAUCAACCUAUAGCUGCUCCAAGAAGGCAAUCAGCACUACCUCCUACUCCACAAAUGUCGGCUCCUUCUGACUAUGUCCCAGUGACACAACCGCCACAGGCUCAAUUCGUCCAACCUUCAGGCUACGAAAUGGCCCAACGUCGCCCAAACGCCGUAGGAUCUCCUCCCUCUGGUGUAUCAUCCGCAAACCAUACCGUCGAAGUAGACCAACCAGGAUACGACUUCCAAAACCCAGCUCCCGAUGACUACAAUCCACGAUUCGACCGAACCUUGUACCGCUCACGUACCAAAAAGACUCUUAAAUUGACACGUGAAGGUAACUUCGUAGUAGAUAUUCCAGUGCCUGAAAAAGUAUUGUCGGUGGCUCGAUUCCGUAAUGAGCAGGAGUUUACGCAUUUGAGAUAUACGGCUGUGUUGGGUGAUCCUAAUGAGUUUGUGCAGAGGGGUUACACCCUACGACAAAACCAACUGGGUCGUGAAACCGAAUUGUUUGUCGUCAUCACAAUGUAUAAUGAAGAUGACCGUCUGUUCUGUAAGACGUGGAAGGCUGUUGAAAAGAAUAUUGCAAACUUGUGUGCCAAGAAGGGAACUUCAUUCUGGGGUCCUGAUGCAUGGCAAAAAGUCGUUGUGUGUGUUAUAUCUGAUGGUCGUCAAAAGAUCCACCCACGUACAUUGAAUGUAAUGGGUGUCAUGGGUGCCUUCCAAGAUGGUCUGAUGAAAACCUCCGUCAAUGGCCAGGAAGUCUCAGCCCACGUAUUCGAAUACACCACCCAAAUCCUCGUCGAUACCGAAUCCCUACAACUACGAUCAUCAGAUCAAGCUGUAGUACCCGUCCAAAUGAUUUUCUGUCUCAAGGAAAAGAAUGCCAAGAAAAUCAACUCCCACAGAUGGUUUUUCAAUGCAUUCGGACGAGCCCUCAACCCCCAAAUCUGUGUUUUACUUGAUGUUGGUACAAAGCCAACUGAUACUUCAUUCUGGCAUUUGUGGCAUGCCUUUGAUCAGAAUCCUAAAGUUGCUGGUGCUUGUGGUGAAAUUUACGCCGAAACUGGUUCUUGUGGUGCCAAGCUACUCAAUCCUUUGGUGGCAGCACAGAACUUUGAAUACAAGAUGUCCAACAUUCUGGACAAGCCAUUGGAAUCUGUGUUUGGUUUCAUUUCCGUCUUGCCAGGUGCAUUCUCAGCAUACAGAUUCAAAGCACUACAAAAUGGUCCAGAUGGUACAGGUCCCUUGGAAAAGUACUUCUUUGGUGAAACUCUACAUGGCGCUGGAGAUGUUAUGAAAGCAAACAUGUACUUGGCCGAAGAUCGUAUCCUGUGUUUCGAAUUGGUCACUAAAUGGAAGGAAAGAUGGGUAUUGCAAUAUGUUAAGGCUGCUAAGGCUGAGACGGAUGUGCCAGAUACUGUUCCUGAAUUUGUUUCACAACGUCGUCGUUGGUUGAACGGAUCCUUCUUUGCUGGUGUCUACGCCAUCUUCCAUUGGUACAAGAUCUUUAGAUCUGGUCACUCAUUCGGUCGUCAAUUCUUCCUCCUCAUUCAAAUGCUAUACAAUGUUAUUUCACUCAUCUUUAACUGGUUUUCACUGGGUAACACAUACUUGAUCUUCUACUUCUUGACAGCCGAUAUUGUGACAGAUCCAGCACCAGGUCAGCCUGCUCCAUUUGGCACAAACCACUUGAUUGGACAAUGGAUUUUCUUGAUAUUGAGAUAUCUGUAUAUUGGAGCCAUCAUUCUCAUCUUUAUCUCGUCAUUGGGUAAUCGACCUCAAGGAAGCAAACUUGUAUACCAGUUCUCCUUCUUCUUGUUUGCUGUCAUUAUGGCGUUCAUGUUGUACAUGUCUGCAUUCACCAUUUACCUGACGGUUCCGAAAACAGAGGCAGAAUGGGCGAAUAUUGGCAACAUACUGCUUGCUCAACCAUCAUUCCGUGAUUUGGUGCUCUCAGUUGCCAUGACAUAUGGUGUCUACUUUUGCUCCAGUUUCAUCUUCUUUGAGCCAUGGCACAUGUUCACCUCAUUCUUACCAUACCUCUUCCUACUCCCAUCAUACAUUAACGUGCUCAUGGUAUAUGCUUUCUGUAACUUGCACGAUGUGUCUUGGGGUACUAAGGGUGACAACUCAGUAUCAGUAGACAGCGCACCCGUCAAAGUAGUUAAACAAGCAGACGGUCAACUCCUCACCACAGUCGACAUCCCAUCAGACCAAGCAGAUAUCGACAGCAGCUAUGACAAUUUCCUCCGAGAACUACCCAACAGGCCCAAAGACUUCAAGGGAGACACUCGAUCAGCAGCAUUGAAACAAGAAGAUUGGUUUAGGACCUUCCGAUCCAAUCUGGUCUUGUCGUGGAUGCUUACCAAUGCUUUCUUGAUUGUCAUUAUUACGACACCGGAAGUUGGAAUCAUCAAGUCUGGGCAGAUUUAUAAUCCGUAUUUGACCUUCAUCUUAUGGUCUGUCGCAGCAUUGUCUGGGUUCAGAUUCUUGGGCGCUAUUGCCUACUUGUUUACGCAGUGA